AUGCAUCCGUCUACAAACUGUUUCCUUUUUUUAUCCCUGGUCGUCCUUUCCUUUAACUCCAAAGACACGCAACCCUUGCUGCUAUCUAAUUCUUCAGAGACCAGGUUGUUUGAGCUGCAUUCUUUACCCAACGGUUAUCUUACUUUUGUGGGUGAUUCUCACCUGCAGCAUAGGGCGAUUGCAUUAACAAGGGAAGGCAUGCUGACUAAUGCUCCAAGGAGCGCUGGAGUCGUAUUCUACCGUCAACCCAUAUUGUUCUUAGACCCUCAUUCGAAAAAGGUCCGUUCAUUUUACACCAUGUUUGCCUUCUCCAUUCAGAACUAUGGAGACGGAGAGGCUCCUGGGGAUGGCCUAGCAUUCUUAAUUUCCCAAAAUGAUGAUCUCCUUGGAAGUCCUGGAUACUUGGGAUUGGUUGAUUCUACAGAUUUAACCAGGAACAAAUUUAUAGCAAUUGAGUUCGACACAAAAUGUGAUUCUAUCUUUCAUGAUCCCGAUGAUAAUCACGUCGGGUUAGAUAUCAACAACCUUUCAUCCGUCAAACUUGCCACAUCCUCUGCUUUGCGUUCUUUGGAUGUGAAUUUGAAAAGUGGUUAUCCGAUUAUUACUUGGAUCGAUUACAAGAGUGAUGAAAAGAGGUUGGAAAUUUUCUUAAGUAAAUCAUAUUUGAAGCCUAGUAAGCCCAUCUUGAAGGUUGACAUUGACCUGUCCAACUACCUAAAAGAUGAGAUGUUCGUGGGAUUUUCUGCUGCAACAAAGGGAACCAUGCAAUUGACCCAUAUUGAACACUGGGAAUUUACAAUUAUGAAGUUAAGUCCACCGCCUCCUCCCCCACCGCCUGCUGAGUCCGGAAUAACCUUCUCAAAUCCCCCUGACUCUAGACAAAGACAUAAAGAUCUUAGCAAGUUUGCAAUUGGUCUCGCCGUAGGAGUAUGUUCUGUUCCUUUCCUAGGACUCAUUGGUUGGUAUUGUUGGAAGAAAUUCAUAGGGAUAAUCCAGAAAUCAGAAGGAACAAACAAUGUAGAGAGGCAAAAUAUCAGGACAUCAGGAGGAAAAUCUUGUCAGGAGAUUCAACUUUCUAUUUUAGUUGGUGAAGUAGCAGGAGGCCUCCACUUUGAGAAAGUGUUAGACAAUGUAGCUGAGCUUAUUCGUGUGAAAAAAGUGAAAUCUAGUCUCUCUCCUUGCAAUAGUUUGCCUGCAGUAAAACCCUGUAUCCUCCCUCUCUGCAAAAAUUUGCCACUCAGAACAAAUGACAUCACUUAA